AUGGAUCCACAGAAUAGUGGUUUUACAAUAGGUCAGCUAACCGAUUCCUCUACCAAUCCUGAAGUCAUUUCAGUCUGCAAAUGCCUUAUUAGUGGAGAAAGCUCAACUGAAGAAGUAAAAGUACGCGAAAGUAAAAGAAAACGCAGAAUAUUUACUACAGUUUCUAGAACUGAAAAGUAUUUACGAGAUCGCCGUAUCCCUGAGCUAAUAAGGUUCAUUUUCGUGAAGAUACUCGCUGACGCUCCACAAAACCCAGCGAUGUACGUUGAGCAGCUUAUAAACGAAUGCAUGAUAUGCCGUUCUGGUCUCGGCAAAGCACCCGUACUGUUCGAAGACAGGCACCUGGAAGCAGUUGUCAAAAGCUUCGACCCGGGUAACCGCGGCUGGCUAAGCGCCGGUCAAGUCAGAAGAGCCUUCACAACCCUGGGUCUGACUCCAGAAGCAGAAAUAAGCGAGAAAACGCCCACCCAGGAUGUUUAUGAGAAAUUACGCGACACACAAAAAAGGGAGUUGUAUGAACUGUUAAAUGCAGGAAAGGAUACCUAUGACGAGUUUUGUAAUGAGUGA